AUGCCUCAGAACGAGUGUAAGUCCCAGCAGCCCACGAUUCCGUUUCCCUCGCCAAGAACCCUGCUGACCAUGCCCCCCCUGCAGACAUGGAGGCAAAGGUGGAGGAAGCUGCAUGGACGCAGGCUCGACCACGAGGAGAGGACCCGCAAGAAGCUCGCGCGUGAGGGCCACAAGCAGAGCAAGGAUGCGCAGAACCUGCGUGGCCUCAAGGCCAAGCUGAGGGCCGAGGACAGGCGCAAGGAGAAGAUCCAGAUGCGCAAGAAGAUCAAGGCCCACGAGGAGCGCGAUGUCAAGACGACCAACGACGAGGAGCCCAGCGAGCCCAUGCCCGCGUACCUGCUCGACCGCAAGAACCCCAACAUGGCCAAGGCUAUCUCUUCGCAGAUCAAGAACAAGCGUGCCGAGAAGAGCGCGAGGUUUGCCGUGCCGCUACCCAAGGUCCGCGGUAUUGCUGAGGAGGAGAUGUUCAAGGUUGUGUCCACCGGCAAGAAGACGCACCAGAAGUCGUGGAAGCGCAUGAUCACCAAGCCUACGUUUGUCGGUGAGAACUUCACGCGUCGCGACCCCAAGCACGAGCGGUUCAUCCGGCCGAUGGGUCUCCGUUACAAGAAGGCCCACGUCACGCACCGCGAGCUUGGCGUCACGGCUCUCCUGCCCAUCAUCUCCGUCAAGAAAAACCCCAACAGCCCGAUGUACACCAACCUUGGUGUGCUGACCAAGGGUACGAUUAUCGAGAUCAACGUCAGCGAACUCGGCAUGACGACGGCCGGCGGCAAGGUCGUCUGGGGCCGCUACGCGCAGGUCAUGAACACGCCCGAGAACGACGGCUGCGUCAACGCGGUGCUCCUCACCUGA